AUGAAGUAUUCUUUAUUGAUAAUCUUUGUCUUAAUUAGUAUAACCUUGACAUCAUAAACACCAGAAUAACAUCUCAAAAAAGAAUUACUCAAAAAGGUGGCUAAUUAUGUGGGGGUUGAAUUACCUCAUGAGUAUAUUAUAUUAUUAUUAUGUUAGUUUACACUUAUUCUGCUUGCCAUGCAAAUUGAUGAUGAAACAAGUUUAAAAAUUCUCAAAAAACACUUUAUUGGCCAUCGUAAAAAAGGAGUAUCUUGCUCUCUGCCCUCAUUUCUAUAAUAUGCCUCAUUGUCUUGGCAAAAGUAGAUAAUAUCAUGACGAAUUUGCAGUGCAUUUUAUUGAGUAAAGAAUUUGAAUAACUUAUAGCAAUUAUCUAAAACCAUCAAAUGCUUGUUAACUUUUGGGGGCUUGUAAAUUGGAACAUCACCCCUAAACUUUAAAAGAAUAUAUAAAUGAAGUUAUGCAUGACAAACUUACAAAAGAACAAUAAUAAAGUUGGAAAGAAAAAGCCGAAGCUUUGCUGAUCAAUAAUGAGGAUUAUAAGGUAGUACAAUACACAGAUUUACACAUUGACACAGAAUACUCUGAAGGUGCUGAUGCUUUUUGUGAUGCUCCUCUUUGCUGCAGGAAAGAAUAUGGAACACCAAAGGAUCCCAGCAAAGGAGCUUAAUAUUGGGGAACUCUAGCUAGUUGUGAUUUACCUUUUAGAACAGUUUAAAAUUUAUUAGAAUUCACAAAAGAAUAAAUAAAACCUGAUUUCAUCCUUUGGACAGGAGACAGUAUUGCACAUGAUGUUUGGUAGUAAUUGGAAUCAAAUUAAACUGUUCCAACCAGGAUCAUAACUGAAGAAAUACAGAAGACUAUGCCAACAACAUAAAUGUAUGCAAUGUAUGGAAACCAUGAAGCCUAUCCUGCAGAAUAAUAUGAUAUGAUUGGAGAGUCUUCGUAAUGGUUGAGAGACGAAACAGCAGAAAUGUGGAAACAAUAUCUAAAUUAAGAAGCAUACUAUUAAUUGAGAAGGAAUGGAUACUAUUCCUAAGUUGAUGAGAAACGAAAUCUAAAAGUGAUUGCUCUUAAUUCAUAAGCCUAUGAUUAUGAUAAUUUCUUUUUGAUGGAAGGAGUUACAGAUCCAAGAGGAAUGUUAAAGUGGUUGGUUGAAGAGUUGUAUGAUUCAGAGUCAAAGAAUCAAUUUGCUAUCAUUAUUGCACACAUCCCACCAGGCGAUAUAUCAUGUAAUACAUAAUGGGCUGAUCGCUUUAGUGUUGUUAUUGAAAGAUUUGAACAUGUGGUAUCGGGACUUUUUUAUGGUAAUAAAUCAUUAAUUCUAGGACACACCCAUUCCGAUUAAGUUUCUCAUAUAAGAUCCAGAAUUGAUGGCAGAUACAUUAAAACUCUAUAUAUUGCACCUUCAGUUACAACAUUCACAAGAUAUAAUCCAUCUUUUAGAGUUUUCUAUUUUAAUGGGAAAACUAAUUAGAUCAUAGACUUUUCAUAAUAUAGAUUAGAUCUUGCAAAAGCCAAUAAGGAAGGAUAAAAUGCCAUUUUGAAUUGGAAUAUUGCUUACAAUUUCUUAGAAUAUUAUGGGUUAUAAAGUUCAAGAAUUGAGGAUGUUUCGACUUUGGGUUACAAGAUGAGACACGAUGAUGAAAUAUUAAAGAAAUACAUUUAUAGUUAUGCGACUGGAAGCGAAGUUCGUUAUAAUUAACAUUUAAAGUAAUUUAAUUAAUUUAAUUAUUAUCUUAGGGAUUUAAAAAAACUAUUUCUAAAAAAAGCAACAAGAAACUAUUUCAUUUGUGGAGUAGAAACAGCUACUUAUGAUGAAUGGUUUAGUUGUAUAGGAUUUAUUGAAUCUUUAUAGGAUUCUGCAUAAAUUAGAUAUAAAAUUUAUGAGUUAUUCUAUGGAAAAUGGUUAAAGGAUUGAAAAAAUUACAAUAUAUCUAUAUCUACAAAUGG